AUGCCUUAGCUCUUAUAAAUGCCGCCUAAUCCUAACGCUUUAAAUGCUUUAUAUUUUACAUCACAAGCUUCCUCACUCCUUAAAAGCACCAUAUGUUUUCAUUUUCCAACAAGUCAAAUUUCAAAGCCAAAGGAUUUCAUAUAAUUUUCUUCCAAUGUUAAAGGAGUUGUUUAUAGGCAUAACUGAAGUUCCAUUUAUAUGUGCAGAAGAAGUCUCUUUGUGGGUUUUGGCUGCAAUGAAAGAUGUUGGACUUGGGUUCUUAAUUGGAGUCGGCUUUGCUGCUUUCAGCUUCGUUUUUGCCUUGGGAACUAUAGUAGGAGCAAUGAAAGGCCAAACGUCUGAAACUGGGUCGUUCAGUGGGACUGGACUUGGUGCUGUUGCAGGUGCAAUCACAGCCCUUCAAUUGCUUGGAUCAUUGGCUGAUGGGGAGUUAUUAUCACAGAUAACUUUAUUAGUUAGGUUAGUGAGUGAGAAGGUCUUCAUUGCAUGGGUGAAUUCAGCAAUGCUAAAAGCUUUUCAAUGGGAAAUGAACAUAUUUGAAUCAACAUAUACAGAGAUCUCAAACACUUAUGAUGCAGAUGGAGCAAAGGGUUUGUCAAGAAGUUGGAUUCAAAAGCUUCCAAUGCAUGAAAUUCAAGCUAGUCCUAUGUUUCAGUCUUCUUGUUCAAUUUGCUUACAGGGUCUAAAACAUGGUGAAAUGGCAAGAAAUCUUCCGAGAUGUAAGCAUAUGUUUCACUUAAAUUGCAUAGAUGAAUGGCUGAGCAGGGUAGGCACUUGUCCAAUGUGCAGAGACCAUGUUUUUUAGAUUUGUAAAACUUCAAACUUUGAUUUAUGAACAGAAACAUAUAUAUAUAUAUAUAUAAAUGGUGAUUGGUUUUUUAAA